CCCCAUUCCUCACACCUGUUCUUCAGCUCUACAUUAUUUCUCUUUCAAAAGGAAGCAAUAGCAGCACUUGCGUCUCUUGUGAAUAUCUCUUUGUACCAAUUCCACACACCCCUUUCUCUCUGCCUCUGUUAUCCAGAAGGACAUACUCCCGCUUCACUGACAAGCCACUAAGCUACAGUAGAGUUCUCUUCACCAAUUCCAUAUUACAAGGGCUUCAUUGCUAUAGAAAACACCUUCAAAUGGCUUCUACACUCCGGUCAAACACGCAAGGAUUCGCGUCGACUGCGGCGGCGGUUGUCUACACGGCAGCCACGACGCUGUCGAGCGCCACGGGCAUUGUAUCUGAUGCCGCGAUUGUGGGCGACAGUGCAACGCAGCUGCGCCAGGCCAGCGAGGUGGCAGCGUAUGCGUCAGACAGCGAGGGCGUAGUGAGCAUUGUGACGGCAGCCAGCACGCUGGUGGGGCUGAUCCCGACGCUGCGCGAUUUUGCGCGGGCGAAGCGACCGGUGGUGGUGCACGUGCCGGUGUCGUCAGCGUCUGAGGUGACAGAUGUGCUGGCGGUGCGCGAUGCGGGGGCGGCGAUUCUGCGGUCGUCGUCGGCGCAGCAGGCAGUGGACUAUGCGGUGGUGGCAUCGCUGACAGCGCAGCAGCUGUCGUUGCCGGUGAUCCAUGUGUAUGAGAAGCAGGCGUUUGCGGAGAUCGAGGCCGAGGGCGUCUAUGAGACUGUGGCAGCGGCCAUGGGGCUUCUGGGCGACUACAAGCCGAUUGCGUAUGCGGGCGCGGCGGAUGCCAGCCUGGUGUAUGUGACGUUUGGCGCGGCCACCGCGCCGCAGGGAGAUGCGGGGGCUGUGCAGAUUGGGCUGUACCGGCCGCUGAAUAACGCGGCGCUGCUGGCGGCGAUCCCAGAGACAGCGGCGCGGGUGGUUGCGCUGGAGCAGGCGGUCCGGCAGCCGACGCCGUGGGGGCCGCUGCUGUUUGAUCUGGCGGCUCUGCUGCAUUCGUCCGAAUGGGACGACGCGCGCACGCGGCCGGUGCUCAUUGACGGAGUGUCUUCUGCGCAUGCGGCUCAGUUCUCGUCGCCUGCGCACUUCAGCCCGGCGGAGCUUCUUGGUAUUGAUGGCGAGUCGGUCAGCAGCGAGCUGGCUGAGGGGUUGUCGGCCGACGAGCAGCAGCAGCGCGUGUCACGGAUUCCGUAUGGACAGCUUCUGCGGGAUGUCUUCAAGCAGCGGCUGCACGUGGCAAAUGCGGCCGAGAGCACGUCGAUCUGGGGCAAUGGCACGGCAGCCAACCCCGAGUUCGGCUUCGGCAAGCUGGCGGCGUAUGAGCAGGAGCGCGAGCAGCUGGCGGCAGCGGUGACGGCGCUGCUGCGGAACGUCGAUGUGCCCCUGUCCAAGGAGCUGCACGCGGGGCUGACGCAGUGGCUGAGCGGACGCACCAGUGCGGCGGCGGCCGAGCUGGUGCGGCUGCUGGAGGCCGAGCAGAGUGCCCACGAGCAGAUUGGCUCGGUUCGGCGGCUCAGCGGCGGGUUUGCGCAGCGCAGCGGAGUGCACCACGUGAUUGCCAGCGGGCUCAACGUCAACAUGCUGGUGCUGGAUACGGCCACCAAGGGCCAGCAGCGCAAGAAGGACAUUGGGCUGUAUGCAAUGAACUACGGCUCCGCCUACGUGGCCUCGGUUGCCGUGUACUCGUCAUACACGCAGGUGGUGGUGGCCUAUCUGCCGCACUCGGAUGGCAUCUUCAGCGACAACUACUCGCCGAUCGAGGUCCUGCAGCAGUCCAAGCUGGCUGUCGACAGCGGCGCCUGGCCACUGUACCGCUGGAAUCCUGAUCUGGCCACGCCCGAGCAGCGGUUCCAGCUGGACAGCGAGAAGCUGCGGCGGUCGGUCGAGGACUUUUUGAAGCGCGAGAACGCCCUGGCAGCGCUGGGCAGCGAGAAGCCCGUGCUGAGCCUGGCCACUGACAGCGCCGUGGAGAAGACUGCCGGCGAUAAGCUGGCGCGCAAGGCCCGUGGCGACCUGGCCAGUCUUUUGGGUGGGCUGAGCGGCCCGCCGCUGCUGGUUCUGUUUGCGUCUGACGGCGGCAAUGCCGAGGAGGUGGCCCGGCGUGUGGCCCGGCAGGCCAAGCGGCGCAGCAUGGAUGUGCGAGUGAUGAGCAUGGACGAGUUCGAGGUCGACGAGCUGCCGUUUGAGAAGACGGUUGUGUUUUCGAUCUCGACGGCCGGGCAGGGCGAGGUGCCCACCAACGGCCGCGAGUUCUUCAAGAACCUGAUGAGCGCCAGCAUCAGCCUCAACGACACCGAGUUUGCUGUGUUUGGUCUGGGCGACAGCCACUACUGGCCGCGCGAGGAGGACGCGCUCUGGCCUGAGCUGAGCGGCAAGCGGCUGAUCGCCGACGCUGACGGCUGGGAGACUGGCUACGCGGACUUUGAGGCACGGCUGUGGUCGGCCAUCAAGAUCGACGUGGUCAAUGCGGCUGAGGAGGAGGAGCACAAGCGCACGGACGAGGAGAACAAGAUCAUCAGCAACUACCUGCGCGGGUCCAUCGCCGAGGCCAUCGCCGACGACUCCAACGGCUAUGUCGACGAGUGGGACGGCAAGCUGCUCAAGUUCCACGGAACCUACAUGCAGGACGACCGCGACCUGCGGGCUGAGCGCCUGGCGCGUGGCGAGGAGAAGGCUUUUUCGUUCAUGAUCCGCGUGCGGCUGCCGGCCGGCGUCACGACGCCCGAGCAGUGGCUAGCUAUGGAUAAGCUGUCUGACACCUACGGCAACCACACCAUGAAGAUCACCACCCGCCAGACCUUCCAGCUGCACGGUGUGGUCAAGCGCGACCUGCGCAACACCAUGCGUGGCAUCAACCGCGCGCUGAUGGACACCAUUGCUGCCUGCGGCGAUGUUAACCGCAACGUCGUCGCCUCGGCCAACCCGCAUCAGGCCCACCUGCACCCGGAGAUCCGCCAGCUGGCCACCGACAUCUCCGAGCACCUGCUGCCCAGCACGUCGGCCUACCACGAGAUCUGGCUCGACAAGACCUUUGUGGCUGGCGCUGCCAAGCAGCCCAGCGGCACCGAGGACUCUGAGCCGCUGUACGGCCAGGCCUAUCUGCCGCGCAAGUUCAAGAUCGCCAUCGCCAUUCCGCCCGAGAACGACGUCGACGUCUUUGCCUACGACCUCGGCUACGUGGCCAUCCUGGAUGACGCCCAGCAGAACAUCUUGGGCUACAACGUCGUCAUCGGCGGUGGCAUGGGCAUGACCCACAACAACAAGAAGACGUACCCGCGCCUGGCGUCCUGCCUCGGCUACGUGCCCAAGGAGCACGCGAUCAUUGUGGCCGAGAAGAUCAUGCUGGUGCAGCGCGACCACGGCGACCGCACCAACCGCAAGCACGCGCGCAUGAAGUACACUGUCGACGACCACGGCAUGGACUGGUGGCGCGAGCAGGUCGAGGCCCGUCUGGGCUUCAAGUUCGAGUCCGAGCGGCCCUACAGCUUUGCCCGCAACGGCGACCGCUACGGCUGGACCGACUCGGUGCCCGGCUACAAGAACUUCACUAUGUUUGUGCAGAACGGCCGUGUUGCCAACUUCCCCGGUAACCCGCUCAAGGAUGCCCUGGUCGAGGUUGCCAAGGCCCACAAGGGCACCUUCCGCAUGACCUGCAACGGCCACCUGGUCGUGGCCGACAUCAAGGACGAGGACGUGCCUGAAAUGCAGGCCCUGCUGGCCAAGCACAAGCUCGAUAACCUCGACUACUCUGCCCUGCGUCUGCACUCCAUGGCCUGCGCUGCGCUGCCCACCUGCGGCCUGGCCAUGGCCGAGUCCGAGCGCUACCUGCCGCGCCUGAUCGAUCUGCUCGACAAGAUCAUCGAGGAGGCCGGCCUGCGCCAGGACGCCAUCGUCAUCCGCAUGACUGGCUGCCCGAACGGCUGCGCCAGGCCCUACAACGCCGAGAUCGCCUUUGUCGGCAAGGCCCCCGGCGCAUACAACCUCUACCUGGGCGGCGCGCAUAACGGCAAGCGCCUCAACAAGAUUUACCGUGAGACUGUCACUGAAGAGCAGAUUCUCGAGCUGCUGACCCCCAUCAUCAAGCAGUACGCUUUGGAGCGCAGUGACAACGAGCACUUUGGCGACUUUGUCAUCCGCAAGGGCAUCGUCAAGGAGACCAUCGAGGGCAAGGACUUCCACACCGUCUAAUCUUGCUGUUCAGUAGAACCGGAUGUUUAAAGUUAAAUGAAAUUAGAAGACAAGUCUGAG